AUGUUGGAAUCACUUAGCAGUGAGCGAGUUGACCUUGGAAGCUUCAGUAAACAUCUGCGAACUCACACAGGGGAGAAGCCAUUUAAAUGCAUAGAGUGUGGAAAGAGCUUCAGUCAAAGUGGAAACCUUAGAAUUCAGCAACGGAGUCACACGGGGAAGAAACCAUUUAAAUGCAUGGAGUGUGGGAAAAGCUUCAUUUUAAGCUGUAAGCUUAGGCUACACCAAAUGACUCAUACAGGGGAGAGGCCAUUUCAAUGUAUGGAGUGUGGGAAGAGCUUCAGCAAGAAGGUAAACCUGAUGAUCCAUCAACGAACUCACAUAGGGGAGAAACCAUUUGAAUGUAUGGAAUGUGGAAAGCCGUUCAGCUUAGGAGACACCAAACAAUUCACACAGGUGAGAAGCCAUUCAAAUGUAUGGAGUGCGGAAAGUGGUUCAGGUGGCAUAGUCCAUUUACUUCACAUCUGCGAACUCACACGGGAGAAACCAUUUAAAUGUAUGGAGUGUGGAAAUACUUUCACUGAUAGUGGGACGUAUAGAAAUCAUCACCGAAGUCAUGCGGGGGGGGGGGAGAUUUGGUCAGACAUUAACUCAGAGCUUCAGUGUGAGCAAGGCAAUAUGGGAAUCCCCGAGCGGCGAGGCCACGCCCCUCUCUCCCUCUCCUCGUCUCGUCCCAUUUUUUCCGCUUGUCUUGGGAGGCCUCUGGGGCGGAACCUGCAGCUUCUGAGCUCCUCAGGAAGGACCAAAGAGGCUGAUCCUGCAAACCUAGUGAGGAUGGAAGGUGGAAGAUGGACAGUUUACUUGGUCAGGCUGCCUCCUGCAUCCCUCCACAAAACAGUUGAGGAUUCCCUCCCAGGACCCUCAGAGAGAUCUGCAGGUGACGCAGACAAUCAACAGAAAUCUGCAGAAUGUGGAAUGAGCUUCAUUGCUGGUGGAGACCUUACAAACCAUCAACAGACUCACGCAGGGAGUAAACCAUUUCAUUGUACUGUGUGUGGAAAGAGCUUUGGUCGGAAAAAUACGCUUGAACAGCACCAACAAACUCACACAGGGGGGAAACCAUUUCAGUGUAAUGAGUGUGGGAAGAGCUUCGGUCGGAAUUAUACGCUUGAACGGCACCAACAAACUCACACAGGGGGAAAACCAUACGAAUGUAUGGAGUGUGGAAAGUCUUUUGGCUACAAAUCACACCUUACCAGACACCAGCGAACUCACACAGGGGAGAAGCCUUUUAAAUGCAUGGAAUGCAAAAAGUGCUUCAGCGUAGGUAGAGACCUUUCAAGACAUCUACAAAUACACACAAGGGAGAAACCCUUUAAAUGUAUGUUGUGUGGGAAAUGUUUCAGUGACGAAGGAAACCUUGCAAGACACCAACUAACUCACACAGGGGAGAAGGCAUGGCAAUGUAUGGAGUGUCAAAAGUCGUUCAGUCAGAAAUCACACCUUACCACACACCAGCGAACUCACACAGGGGAGAGGCCAUUUAAAUGCAUGGAGUGCGGAAAGGACUUCAAUGAAAAUCCAAAGCUUAAGAUACAUCUACGAACUCACACAGGGGAGAAACCUUUUAAAUGUCUGGAAUGCGGAAAGGGCUUUAAUCAGAGUGGACACCUUACUGUACAUCAACGUAUUCAUACAGGGGAGAAACCCUUGAAAUGUAUGGAGUGUGGGAAGAGCUUCCGAGAAGGUUCAGCAUUUAGUGUACAUGUACGAACUCACACAGGGGAGAAACCUUUUAAAUGUUUGGAGUGUGGAAAGUGCUUCAUUGCUAGUGGAACACUUCGGAAACAUCAGCGAAUUCACACAGGGGAGAAACCCUUGAAAUGUAUGGAGUGUGGGAAGAGCUUCCGAGAAGGUUCAGCAUUUAGAGUACAUUUACGAACUCACACAGGGGAAAAACCAUUUCAGUGUAUUGAGUGUGGAAAGUGCUUCAUUGCUAGUGGAGCACUUCGGAAGCACCAGCGAAUUCACACAGGGGACAAGCCACUUGUAUAAAGGUUAAAGCUUCCUGGGAAAUGAUAUAUAAUUAAUUGAAAAGGAUGUUUAAAAUAACAUUUGUAAAAAAAACAAAAAUGGGUGGGUGGGAAUUAUAGGGAUAGAACUACCCAAACUGUACCAGUGUACCGAACUGUACCUAAACUAAACCAGUGUUGAAACAAUGAUUCUUCAACAUCAGCUUCUUUGGACUGGUCAUGUUGUGCGGACGCCUGAUGAUUGUCUUCCAAAGCAACUACUCUAUUCCGAACUUAAAAAUGGAAAGCGUAAUGCUGGUGGUCGACACCCACCACCCCGAGCGCACUCUCUCUCCCCCUCGCAAAAAAGACUCCCCCACCCACGCGUGUUCUGACAAAUCCCUCCCACCGCUUUAUUCAAUUGGCUCUCUUCCUUAAGGGCAGAUGUUUAGUUUCCACUGGAGGUAUUUUUGUCUGCUGGGUUUUUUUUGCUCCUCAGUGUUAGCACAGAGUUUUGGCCAGCCACGUGUUUACUUACAUUGGAUAAUGGAGCAUGUGACUCAUCUCUCCUUUGUUUUACUAUAGCGUCUGUUCCUUUGACGUCCACCAGAGGGAGCUAUUUUCUUUACGUCCAACAUAGGGAGUAAAAUCAUGUUUUUACCUGUGACAGGAGUAACAGCUAUAUAAUCUAAGUGUAUGCAAACACACACGUAUUGGACUGGAACACUAUGUCAAAAUUUCACGUCAAUCGGUCAAGUGGUUUAGGAGAUUUCGGGACGGGCACAGACUGUCACUUACAUUUUUAUUUAUAUAGAUGCAGAAAUGGUGAAACUUAACAGAAGAAUAAGAAAUCAAGAAAACAAACUUUUUAUGAAAGAAUGGAAAUGGUUUAUUGAAUAGUUACAGAUAAACAGUAAACAGAUACAGUAAGAACAUUCAUAGCAUUAUUGUAAUAACCUGCAGUAUUAUAAGUGUAUAUUUGUAAGGUGGAUGAAUAAAUGAGCAAUUUAAGACAGUAUGGAUAUGCAGCAGAAGAUAUGAAAAAUAGAUUUAAGGAACUGCGGAAAAAGAGGGAAGAGAGUCAAGUUUUGAAAUCUUAAGAUGAUUGUAAAUUUGAUGAAAUGUAUAAAUCGGAAAAGCAUAAAUAAUUUAAAAACAAAACAAAAACACAACCUCCAUGGUUGGUUGGUUCCUCCAACUAUGGGAGAGGAGUGUUGGGCUGCGCUGGGGGCGCCUGCAGACAGUGCCUGCUUUGUGCCCCCUCAAAAAUCUUCCCCGGGGCCACUGCCCUGCUGGCAUCACCCCCCUGCUACGCCCCUGUCACAGGUUGGUUGGGGGAAUAAGAUGGAGAGGGGGGAGAAGAAGUGUGUACAUUGCCCCGAGCUUGUUGGAGGAAAGGCAGGUUGCCAAUGUUAAAAUAAUGCUAUGCAACCUAAUGGGGGUGGCAAUGAAGAAAAUAUUGUGUGUGGGGGGGUCCAGGUAAUCUCCGUCCCGCGUAAUUGAUUACAUGACGCAGUGCACCCCCCCCCAUUUGAAUGGCAAUGCCCAUCAAACUGAGGGGAAGGACCUGGCCCUCUCAAAUAUUUUAUGGGGGGGGGAGAGUGAAGCCCCCACGGCUCCUAGGGAGGUGGCUCCUGUGCAACACAUGAAAUCCACUAAAGCAGAGAGAAGGCGGAAGUAAUUUACACCCUGUCAGGGAGAGGAAGAAUGAACCUAGCCUUUCUAAGGAAGGAGCUGCCAAG